AUGGCACUUUCUUUUACAUCCAGAGUGUUGGAAAUCGAGGCCAUUAUCGAUUACGUCUUUUCCAAAAAACGCCUCGCCGCGGAAGCAGCUCAAAUGGCAGCACCAGAGGUCGCUUUUAUUGAAGAUGACGUCUUUACGACUUUGCAUAACAACAAGAGACUGGCCAUCCUAGGGAAAGCAGUCCUCGCCAGAGAACUUUGUAGUGCCUGGUUUAGAAUGCGUGGGUCGUAUGCGCAGUGGACGCAGUUGCGGAACGACAUCAUCUCCAACGAUGCAUUGGCUCGCCGAGGAUACAACGCUGGAAUUGACAAGGUCAUCAUCACGGCUAGUAGCACACCCAACGUGUCUCCUAAAAUGGUCGCAGCAACUCUCGGAGCCAUCGUUGGAGCAGUCCAUGAAGACGGAGGAGACGCUGCUGUUCACAACGUCAUGGAGCAUCUUGGGUUCUUCGACCACAUCCUUCUCACAGUAAUUUCUCUGUUUUUAUCAUUCUCGCCCUCAACAUGA